AUGAACUUCGGAAAGCAGUUAAAACGUGUGAGACAGCAGGCAGACCAUCUCUUCCUAAGGAGUGACCGGACGGAUGUGGUGGGUGAGCUAACAGCAGAGGAACAGGUGGAGGAGCUGCGGGUGUUGUGUGAAGCCUACAGCAGAAGUUUGGAAAAAUGCCUUCACACACACACCAUGCCGGAGGAGAAGAAGCAGAAAAAGGUCCCAGAAUUCCAGGCGGCCGAGACACUGAAAGAGGCCUUAGCACAGCUGCCCCCUCCGGAGAAUGCCGACCACCAAGACCUCCUCAGGAGUGUGGUGGGACGAGUGGUGGAGCUGCAGGUGGCACUGGGGCAGAACCAAGUGGAGUUUGAGGGGGCACUGGAGCGAGAGGUUCUGGGGCCACUCACACAGCUCAUCAAGGACGACUUCCCUUCAAUAGCCAAGCAGAAGAAACAACUCAAGCAGGUGGGUCUGGAUGUGGAUGCGGCCAAGACCAGGUGGAGGAACUUUCAAGCGAACCCCGGACCAAACGCAAAGAUGGAUGUCUACCGGGAGGAGCUGGAGGAGGCGGAGGCUAAGCUGGACCAGACCAAGGACUCGUACGCCUGCGACAUCUUCAGCCUGCUGGCGCGGGAGAGAGAGCUGUCCCAGUAUGUGUGUUCGUACAUCAGCCUGCAGAGGGAGCACCUAAAGAGAGCCCUGGCUAAGUUGGACCUGGUGCUGCCUGACGUACAGACGCAGAUGGAGGCGUCUCUUCUCAGCCCUGUCUAUGGUGUUUCUCUUCAUCAACACCUCAAAAUUGCACAUCAGGAGGUGGCGGUGGUGGUGCGUGUGUGUGUGCGUCACCUGGUGGAGGUGGGCCUGUACGAGGAGGGGCUGCUGCGCGUGGCGGGGAGUGCCACCAAGGUGCGGCGGCUGAAGGGUGCCUUUGACGCGGGGCUGGUCGGGGCGGAGCAGCUGGCGGCCGGGGCGGGGGAAUAUGAUGCCCACGUGGUCGCUGGGGCGCUGAAGUGUUACCCGGAACUGCCGGAGCCCCUGCUGACCCACCUGCUGCAUGGACAGUGGCUGGAGGCGGUGCGGCGGCCGGACCACCACCAGCGCCUCCGUGCAUUGUGGCGCGUGGCCAACCAGCUGCCCCCGGCACACCUCACCAACCUGGCCUUCCUGGUGAAGUUCCUGGCGCUGGUGGCCGCCCACGCACAGCACAACAAGAUGACGCCCGGCAACAUUGCCACCGUCGUCGCCCCGAACCUCAUCUGGGACCAGCGCGACGACCCCGAGGCUGCCCUGGACGUGGCCAGCCUGGGGCGCAGCGUGAGCCUGGCGGGGGACUACCGGGGCGUGGUGGAGCACCUCGUCGAGUAUUCCGACUACUUCUUCAAGGACCACAUAGACCUCGGGGCCGUGCCUCCCCCACCCCCCUCCCCACCCCGCCCACACCCAGAGCCCAACGGCGCCCUACCCCUGGUGCCCCUCACUGGCACCGGCACCCUGCCCCGCCCCGGCCCCGCCAGCCACCGCCGCAACGUCAGCGCCGACCUCACAGUGCGGGGUGACCCAGCUGCCCCCGCCGACCCCUGUGACAGCCCCAAGCAGCCCCAGCGCACCAAGAAGAAGCAGGCACCCCGCCCCCCACAGGUGCGCCCCGCCAGUACCCACGGGGCACUAGGGCCCAACGGCCAGGAAGCGCCCCUCCCCCCCACCUCAGACUCACCCGAGACCAUCCGCAGUAACACCCCGCCCCGGGAUGGUGGCCCCCCCACCCCUGCCACCCGCCUGCACCACACCAACAGCCUGCGCCGCCCCACUGCUGAGCCCCCAAAGCCCCCUGGUGCCCCAGCCAAGCCACCCCGACCCAGCCCCCCCACCAGCGACGCCCUGGAGCGCAGUGGCCCUGCCCCGGCAGCGCCCCGCGCCCUGCUGGGCUUUGAGCAGAUGCACCUGUCCCGGGAGAGUGACUCUGCGGGGGAGGAGGGGGAGGUGGGGGUGCCAGCGAGUGGAGCAGGAGAGGAGCCGGCCCCCAUUGGCUUUGUGAUUGAGGGCGGGGCGGGGCGCAGUGUGCAGGCCUUCAGGCAGUCCCUGGAGAACGUGCUGCAGCAGCAGGCCGCCGGCCAGCCCCUGCCCCUGCCCCGCCACCCCCCACACCCUCACCAGGACGGGGAUGCUGCCCCCACCCCCGCCCCGGCUCAAAACCCCGUCCCCGUCCCGGUCCGUCCCGCCCCAGCUGCCAUCAUGGCCCCCACCCCCGCCCAGCGCACCACCAUACCCUCCGCCGCCACCCAGCCCCCACACAGACCCCCGGACCCUAAAACAGAAAAACCAGCCCUGAAGGAGAAGCCCGCCAUCUUAUCCCGGAGCCACGACCCCGUCCCGCCCACAGCCACCCUGCCCCGUCCCGUGGUGCCAGAACGCCCCGCCCCGCUGCUGGCCUCCGCCCCUGGUGCUGCCCCGCCCUCACAGCAGCGCCUGUCACCUCCUUCUUUCCCCCGGCCAGCUACAAUCUCCCCCCGCCUGCUGCCCCCCUCCCCAUGGCCAGUACAGAACAAACAACAACAACAACAACAACAACAACAACAACAACAACAACAGUGAAAGUAACAUCAGACUCACAGAAGGAAGAGGAAGAAGAGGAGAAGAAGAAGGAGGAGGAGGAAGAGGAGAAGGAGGAAGAAGGAGGUGGUGGAGUGCUGGUGGACAAACAGGCAACGAUCAUCCACGUGGCGGGAUAUCCUUCUCCGGGAGCAGUGACCCGAGACACCACCAACACCACCAACACCAGCAGCAGCAGCGGCGGCAGCGGGGCAGUGGCGGUGGUGGUGGUGGCUCGCAGAAAUUUUGCUGGCCACCUCCACAGACUACCACUGCUACUACCACUACUACUACUACUACUACUACUACGGAGGAUGAUAGUAGUAGCUCCGCGGGGGACUCUACUAACUUGUAGCCCCCGUUUUCUAUGCUAACUACAUUUUGGAGAAAGAAAAUGGGGCGUUAGUGUCAAAUAUUUAGUGUUCUUGUUCUUCCUUUUUAUUCUUUGGUGUUGUUGUUGUUUGUCUUCUUCUUCCUCUUCUUUCUCCUCCUUCUCCUCUUCCUCCUCCUUCCCCCAUGUCAUUAUUAAUAUUACUACUACUACUACUACUACUACAAUUAUUAUUAUUAUUAUUCUUAUUAUCUUAUAGGGAAAUGAAAAAAAAAUAUAUAUAAUUACUAUGUAAAUAUAUAUAAUUGUGAUUCUGUUGCCUUGUAUUGUAAAGAGGAAAAUUAUUAUUAUUAUUAUUAUUAUUAUUAUUAUUAUUAUUAUUAUUGUUAUUAUUGUUAGAUGGCUUUACUUAACACAUUCUCUCUCUCUCUCUCUCUCUCUCUCUCUCUCUCUCUCUCUCGCUCUCGCUCUAAACGCACACAGUUUUCUCAUGUACGUUUUCGCUUCCAUGUGCGCGCAAAUUAAGGCCAGUCAUGUGUGUGUGUGUGUGUGUGUGUGUGUGUGUGUGAGAGAGAGAGAGAGAGAGAGAGAGAGACUGGCUUGCUUCUACUAGUCUGUAUAUAAUGUGCCAAUAGUAGUAGUAGUAGUAGUAGUAGUAGUAGUAGUAGUAAUAGGAGGCUUGAUUCUGCUUGAUUAUUUUCUCUCUCUCUCUCUCUCUCUCUCUCUCUCUCUCUCUCUCUCUCUCUCUCUCUCUCUCUCUCUCUCUCUCUCUCUCUCUCUCAUUCUGUUGGUGCUUUUAGAGAUAAUGGUGCUGAAAGAGAGAGAGAGAGAGAGAGUGAGUGAGUGAGUGAGUGAGCAAAAAACUACUACUACUACUACUACUACUACUACUACUACUACUACUACUACUUUGAUUAAAAUGCAGCAAUAUAAUGCUUUACAAUGCUCUCUCUCUCUCUCUCUCUCUCUCUCUCUCUCUCUCUCUCUCUCUCUCU